CGGGCCUGGCCCCGGCGCCCCUGCGCGCCCCGCCGCUCGCGGGGAUGUCUUACAAACCGAACUUGGCCGCGCACAUGCCCGCCGCCUCCCUCAGCGCCGCUGGGAGCGUCCACCCGCCCUCCACCAGUAUGGCCACAUCCUCCCAGUACCGCCAGCUGCUGGGUGACUGCGGGCCACCAUCUCUACGUUAUACCCAGGGAACUGGGAACAGCCAGGUACCCCAAAGCAAAUAUGCUGAGCUGCUGGCCAUCAUUGAAGAGCUGGGGAAAGAGAUUAGACCCACCUAUGCAGGGAGCAAGAGCGCCAUGGAGAGACUAAAACGAGGCAUCAUUCACGCCAGAGGACUGGUUCGAGAGUGCUUGGGUGAGACGGAACGGAAUGCCAGGUCCUCGCUGCCUAUCAGCGUGGAAGGUUUUCCAUCUUCUUCCAAGACCAGAAGUUAUAGCUCAUCUCCCAUGUUCAGAUGAAACUCUUGCUUUCAAAAUGGUAACAGUUUGGUUUCUCCUUCCCGUGUCCCUCCCGUGGUUCAUGAGGCUCUGAGAUUGAGAAAUACUUUGCAGUUGACUAGGAUUUACAUUUUAAAUAGGAAUUACCCAGGGUUUUUUGUUUUUAUUUUUAUUUUUAUUUUUUUAAGCAUUUUUAUUUAUUUUUUUUGUUUUCUUUUUUUUAAGCAUUGAUUUAAAAGAUGCACGUAAAAGAUCCCUAUCUCACAGCAGAUAUCCCAGCUCCUUUCAUCCUCUUUUUGGAGUACACUUAAGUUACUCAGA